UACCGCUCUAAUAUUGACUAUAAGAUAAUUAUUUAUUAUUAAACUGUAUAAUUAUAACUGAUUUAAAAAAUAAAAUACGCAUUAAAAAAAAAAAACUUUGCGUCCUGAAAAAAAGACCACGCAUUUCCCCUUUGUUAGCACCUCCUACCAGCACAGUUGACUACACAGUGGGGCGGAGUAAAAAGUUGCCGUAUUCCGCGUUAAAACGGCGCCUUCGACAUACACGGAGGUCACGGUUAAAAUGCACAGAACACCUUGUGAUGUUUUUGCUAAAUCGGAAGGCGUGUUUCACAGACUAACCAAUCAAAUCUUCCUAGGCUUUCAAGUUAGGCAGACUCUAGAAGCACGUGUAGUUGUUAAUGUCUAUUAUUUGCGGCCAAAAUUUUAGGUGAUCAUAUUCAAAUCAUCAUUGCUCAUUACUUCAAAUCACUACACCUUACAGUAGAUUAUAUCUAGAUACAAUAGAGGCACAUUCCUAGGCCAAAUUUCUACAAAUGCUCCAGCUUCCCUAGUGAUAUUAGAGCAUGGAAUGGGUUGCAGAAUAAAUGCAUGACGCAUAGAGGUUUAAAAAAGACCAAUCGUUUUUAUCGCUAUAACAAUAGGUCUCGUUUUUUAUAUGUUAAUAAAUUAAUAAUGAAUCUAGUAUUUAUUUUAUAAUCAAUAUAAUAGUAAUUAUAUCCAAAUACUAUAGUUCUCUCUUUUUAAAUUAGUUUAAAAUAAAAAGAAAGGGGGAGAUAUAGAAUGUAGAUAUGGUAUUUUAAAAUUUCUUUGGGUGAGGGGAAGAUACUAUCAAGUAACAAAUCUCAAGACUCAAUCCAAUCACAGCCAUCAGACCAACACACAUUAGAAAAAGUUCAUUAAUAGCACAACACACAGGUGUAUACCAGGCCAUCUACACAGCCCCAAAACAUUGCUCUAGUUUUAUUGACAACAAUGAUGAGAGAAAAGGGGGAGGAGCCAAUUAUUGAUCGGUCAAGCCGUUAAUUAGGUCACACACUAAGCAUGCUAGUACGUUGAUGCUUUUUGUAUGUGUGUGCAACAGACACUGAGCGUGCUCUAAGAUACGUUUUUUUUUUGGUCAACUAGGUGGCUUGGAGAAGGCGGAAUUUAUCUAGAAUCUAGAUGUAUAGCCUGAUGCCUACUUAUGUACAGCUUAUCCUGUUGAAGAUGAGGAAUAUUAUAUUUAUUCUGAGCCUACUGAUCAUUCAGGUCUUAAGAUAUACACCACAUUUCAGAAGCCUCAGUUUGUGGGUGGAAUAUUUCUUUUGGCUAGUUACUGGUUUCAAAUUCCACCCCAAGUGUCAUGCAAAGUUAUCACAGGCUAUCAAUACAAUGGGACUUAUCAUGAAUAGGCAAAGGGAAUCCCCAAUGGCCACAAGUGAGUUAGUUCUAAUAUUGACACUACUAGUGACACCAGCAUUAGUUUGAUUUAUUUUCUGCAAGUGUAAACUUACAAAAGUCUGCAAGUGUAAACUUACAGCGGUGUCAUACAGCCAACCGGCAUCUUAUACCAUUUCUUUGCCGAUGACUCACAGUUAUAUGAUUCAUCAGUACCCUCAGAGGUGUCGCAUCUGGCAGAGAAAAUCAGUGGUACCGUUGCAAGGGUGAGCGAUUGGAUGGUUGAAAAUAAACUCAAGAUGAACGAAGACAAGACAGAAAUAAUUAAGAUUGGCACA